AUGAAAACUUUCAUCGGGUUUACAUUGUUGUAUUUGAUAUUGGCAAAGUAUAUUAUACCUACAACAUCAUAGUCAAGGAAUUUCAUCAAUUUAGUAAGAUAAAUUGCAUCCCAUCUCUAAAAUCAUACUUGGAUUGUCAGAAGUAUAAACUAAGGAUUUCAAUUAUCAAUAAUUGUUUGUUGCUCUAGAUGAACUGGCAGAAUCUUUCUAAACAAGAAUAAACGAUGAGAAUAGUUCUUAUGAACUUGAUUAGCAAUCAUAUGUUUCAGAUGUCUAAUUCUAUGAGAAUUAAAUUAAUGACUUUAAGAACAAAGUUUAUUUUCAUCAAUAUCACAUAGAUUGCACAAUUGGAAAUCGAAAUCAAAGAAUUAGGCGAUGAAGGAACACGCUUAUAAGCAUUCCUAGCUGAAGCUAAUUAGGAUUUAAAUGAUGCAAUUAAAUUAUUGGCCUAAAAAGAAUAGCAAAUCAACUCUGAUAAUUCAGUUUUUGAAUCACAAAAUCAAGAAUAUGCUGAUACCAUCAAUGUUCUUGAUCAAGCAAUUGCCUUACUCAAUGAAAUCAAAGAUGAGGCCUCAUUAAUCUAAAAGAAAGAACACAUCAAGGAGGUAUCCUAAAAUAUGCAUAAAAGGUAUUAACCUACAUAUUACAACAUCUAGCAUGAAGAAAUUGUCAUCAAAAAGAGUGUUCUAUUAACCUCUAGUAAAUGUGUUGACUUAAAUGACAUAAAGCAACUAUGUAGAUUAAGAGAAUCUUAAUAAAGUCAUCAGUUUUAUGAACUAACUUAGACAAAAUCUUAUUGAUGCAUAACAAUCACUAUAAAAUCAACAUGAAUCAUAAUCUAAAUUAUAAUAAGAUAUUUUAUCUGAAACUCAAGCCAAGGUCAGUGGAAUUCAGGAUGUUUUAAUCCCACUAUUGGGAACUGAAAUUUCAAUUAAACAAUCUGAAAUUAGAACAUUAAGCUCUAUUUUGUAAGAUGCCUAAAGUAAUUUAGCUGAUGCUUAAGAAAACCUUGUUGCAACAUAAAACAGAUGGAUUGAAAGGUAUAAUAGAAAUCUUAGUAAUUUAGAACUUCAACCCAUAAUAAUUUAUUGCAACAAUUUAAUAAUGAGUUAUUAGCAAUUAAGGACGCAGAAAAUGCAUUAAAGAAAGGCGGUAUCUUUAGAUAAUGA